AGGGAAAAGAGGAAGGAAAUAACACGAAUUAAGUACUUUUUUCUCUUCGCCUCUCCCUUACCCUUAGCAAUUCCUCCCCCUUGUCUCAAAAGUCAAAACACGCAACAUGAUUGAUUAUAUAGGUUUAGCAACACCUAAAAAUCAAUCAAAUAAGACCUUCCCAUAUACCCUCUAACCCUCCUCCUCCUCUUCCUCCUCCUCAGUUAUCAACUGGUUAUGGCAAUUUAUACAUGUAGUUUCCCCAUGAUUCUGAUGAUCCCAAAAGGUCAGAAUUAUAAGAUCAUCACGAGAUCUACUGCGAUUCGCACGAGACAUGUACAGGUUUUACGUGCUUCGGUUCCUCUAAAAAAAUUCAGCAUGGUGAGCAAGAUUUUUGAGGAUCGAGAGCAGGGGAUGGUGUGUUACAGAGACGAGGAAGGCGAAUUAAUCUGCGAGGGAUACGACGAAGGGCCGCGUUACGAGGAGCGAUCGCCCGAAGCAUACUGCGAAAGCCGCAGCAGACAAGCUGAGGCGGCAAGUUGUGACUCCGUCCGACCGACGAGGCUUCAAAUAUUCGGAGAAGACGUCGACGUCUGCCGACUCGCAGGAAAGCAAGAAGAAAUGAUCUGAGAUCAGUAAGCUCUGAUGUCGGCUCUACAUAUCAUCGUCAUCAUCAUCAAGCAAUAGACUGACUGACUGACUGACUGACUGACUGACUGACUUAUUAGUAGUCUCAUCGAUCGAGGUGUACGCUUUCUGUAAAUAGCCAAGUAGCUCGUCAAUGGAGUUGCAUCCAAACAAGUUUUUAUCCA